CUCUCUCUCUCGCUCGCGCAUGCCUAACAGUCUAGCCUUUCGUUCAGGACUUGCCAGGAGCUAGUGUUAUUCUUCGCUUUCUUCCUCCGGAAAUCAUUAUUGUUCCUUCCGCUGAAGUGGGUCAUUCACUAUGCAUCUGCAUUUAUGCUCGAAUGUCUGAGCUUUGAAUGGUGUGUUGGAGUUUAUGAGGAGUGAUCGAAAGGAGAAAAAAAGGGGGGGAAAUGGAUGGUUUGAAUGCAGUGGGGAGUGAAGUGGGUGUUGGAAAACAAGAGGGUGGAAGUAGCUGUGCGCAUACAUGUUUACAUGCUCAACAUAGACGAUCUAAGAGUACUUCUGAUAGGAAUUCAGAUGUUUCAAGAGGUCAAAUUCAGCAUUCGCAAAGAGGCAAGAAUGCAACACUGGUGUCACCUCUUUCUACGAGGGCCCUUGAAGUGCGAAGUCCCCUUCUUGAACCCUUCAUUUAUAGCGGCAAAAUUACCACAUCAAGUCACCGAGCGUCCUUGGAGAAAGAUAUUGAGCAGCUGCAGUUACGUUUGCAGCAAGAGAAAUCUAUGCGGCUUACACUUGAGAGGGCAAUGGGCAGGGCAUCUAGUACGUUAUCUCCAGGACAUAGACAUGUUGCUUCUAAGACUAAUGAACUAGUUUCCGAAAUUGAAUUGCUGGAGCAAGAGGUCGCCAGCAGGGAAGAGCACGUUCUCUCACUCUACAGGAGCAUAUUUGACCAGUGUGCGAGUCGACCUCCUUCCAAGCAAAGUUCAGGGGUUGCUUCUCCAGCUCAUACAAAGCAGGCACCUAGAAAGCAUCCAAGCAUAAUAUCAAGUGCAUUUUGUUCCACAAAAAAGUUCCCGCUGCGACCUUUGCAACCACUGACCUCUACUGAUGAUUGUGUGAAAAAACCUUCAAGGAGAAGUCAUGCUCUGCCACCGACUGGCAAAAGUGAAACUCAUUUUGGAAAGGCUACUUCCAACACAACAAAGGUCCAGCUGGCAGGGAGAAAUUCGGUGUUGCGCAUGCUGAAAGAUCAUCUAUACGAGUGCCCAAGCAAGUUGUCGGAAGAGAUGGUCAGGUGCAUGGCUGCCAUAUACUGCUGGCUUCACAGAAAUACGUCUAUGGAUCCUAAGAAAAUCCGAUCAACAAUGUUGUCAGGGUCAUCUACCAGCGUUACUCUUCCUCGAUGUGGCAGCAAAGAGCAGCAAUUCUGUUCUUCCAAGUCCACAGUGGAGAUUUCUUGUCUAACAACUGAUAAGCGGGAGUUGUCCCGUGCAGCUUACACUAUAAACAACUAUCGGAUCUUAGUUGAACAGCUUGAAAAAGUGAAUGUUGGCCAGAUGGAGGAUAAUGCACAAACUGCAUUUUGGAUCAACGUGUACAACUCUCUUGUCAUGCAUGCCUACUUAGCCUAUGGAAUCCCACGCAGCUCUCUGAGGAGAUUAGCUUUGUUUCACAAGGCUGCGUACAACAUUGGUGGUACUAUCGUAAGUGCAAGUGCCAUGGAGCAAUCAAUAUUUUGCUUUCGCACUCCUAGGAUAGGACGGUGGCUGGAGACCAUGGUGUCUGCUGCCUUGAGGAAAAGAUCUGGAGAGGAAAGGCAAAUGAUCAGCUCAAAAUAUGGUUACACGAGCUCCCAACCCCUUAUCUGCUUUGCCCUCUGCAAUGGAGCUGCUUCUGAUCCUGUGCUAAAAGUCUACACGGGAUCAAACCUUAAGGCAGAGCUGGAAGCAGCAAGAAGAGAAUUUCUUCAAGCAAACGUAUGCGUGAAAAAGUCGAAGGCGUUUCUGCCUAAGGUGCUUGAGAAAUUCGCGAGGGAAGCUUCUAUUAGCACGGAUGAUCUUCUAAGCUGGGUUAUCGAAAAUGUGGAUAAGAAACUGCAGGACAUGAUACAAAAGUCCAUCGAUCAUAAAGCCAACAGGAAGGCAUCUCAGAUCAUAGAGUGGGUACCCUACAGCUCAAGAUUUCAGUACAUAUUCUCAAAGGAUUUGACUGAAAAACCGUGGUGACAGAACAAGCAAUGAGUGGGUUUUUAUUGUUUCCUCAGAAUUAGCCCCUGGCGAGGAGUUCAUGCACAUUAUUUGUGUCUGAUUCUUCAUUGUAAAUCCAUUAUCAUCUGGCUUUCUCAAGUAUUACUCGUAGCACUAGCUUUCUUCAUUUGGCUCAGUAUAUCUUUUCUGAUCACGUGGACAAUGUCUGUGCUCGAAGUAGUUCUGAGUUACCCUUCGGGUGAUUGACUGGGACAUUAUUGUAACGGUCUCACGCAAGAAAUGA